AUGAAUUAUAAACCGGAACGGAAGCGAGAGUCGAAAUUAUUGGAAUUGCUGGAAUCCGAUGAUGAAGUUAUGAGCGAACAAGAGCAUAGAGAAACCAGCAAAUGCCAAUACUUCGGAGACCUCGCUGAAGUCUUCCUGGACAGGGUAGUUCACCUUGGAAGACCGUAUGCCAGAGUCGACAUCCUUUUCGACCGGUAUCGUCCCAAGUCAAUUAAAAGUGGGAGCCGCUGCAGACGGACCAGGAGAGCUGCUCCAGUCAGAAGGGACAUCACAAGUGCAGCCAUUCCACUGCCAAAAGAUUGGAAGAAUUUUCUAGCACUAGGAGAAAACAAGGCCGAGCUAGCCCGCUUUCUCUCUCAGGAAGUUGUUCAACAUAUCUUUGAGGCAAUCGAAGUUGUUUUUUCCGGAGGGCUCAUACAUGAAGAUGAUGUGCGAUCAACCAACACCGAAUCCGACGUCAGUGCCUUCGCAGCGACACAUGAAGAGGCCGAUAAACGCGUUUUACUAUAUGCUGUUCACUCUGAUGUUGACAACAUCGUCGUCAUGGCCAGAGAUACCGACAUUUGUUUGCUGUUGAUCCAUCACUCUGACAAAAUGACCAGUUCUAAAGUGUGGAUGAUGAGUGACACAGCGAAAAAAAGGAAAUAUCUCUCAGUACAUGAGAUUUGCAAAAUUCUUCCUAAUGCUCAAAAGAAGAACAUCUUGGCGUUCCAUGCAGUAACGGGUUGCGACUCGACGUCUGACCUUGCAACAAUAACGAAGAAAGCAGCAUGGAAAGUCUCCAAUGGAAUGGCCUGCCAACUUCUGGACAACUUAGGGCACUCUCCGCUAACUCCCUCAUCAAAGGCGAAUGCAGAGAAGUUCCUCGUACAGCUCUAUAAGGUGGCCAAAGAUUUAUCUAACGGCGAUCAAGCCAGACAUCAGCUUUUCGGUGUAAAAGAGCCAGAAGCCUUACCUCCAACAAACAAUGCGCAAUGCGCUGCAACUACACCUCUUAAGAUGCCAUUACUAGAUCCCAAUAUAGUUUGUUUUGACAAAAAGAGGAAAAAGAAAAACAAGAAACCUCCACAAUGCGGAACAUCUGAGCACACUUUAGGAAACAGGGAUUGCUAA